UCAGUGUUUAUACUGUGUUUGUCUCUGACUGAGUCAACAUGUUCCCAGCCCUCACCAUCAGUGUAUUUGCUCUCUGGCACACAGGUUGGAGCCAGACUGUGCUGAUCACCCAGUGGCCAGGCUACAUCUCCAGCCAGCCUGACGCCUCGGUGAAGAUGCACUGUUACCAGAACAACACAGACCAUCCCUACAUGUUCUGGUACAGACAGCAGAGAGGGAAGGAGCCCGUGCUGAUGGCUACUCUCGUAGCUGGCUCUCCGAGCUACGAACCUGGGUUUGAUUCUGUCUUUGGAGUGUCAAGCUCUGAGAAAAAGAUGUGGUCUCUGGCCGUGGAGGCGGUGCGCAUUACUGACGAGGCGGUGUAUCUGUGCGCUGCCAGUCAGCACGGUGCUGCAGAGUGCUGUGAAGACAGCAACUUGUUGGUCAUGCUGUGGUACCAGCACCGACCUGUGUCUCGGGAUAUGACCCUCAUCGGGUACGGCUAUGCGACCUCCGAUCCCAGCUACGAGGGUCAGUUCCAGGAGAGCUUCCAGCUCACCAGAGAGGACAUCCUGAGAGGAGCGCUCCUCCUCCCCCGCGCAGCUCCUGCAGACUCGGCCGUGUAUUUCUGUGCUGCCAGUACACAGUGGCUUGAUGCCACCGCCUCACCAAAACCCUGUACCCCUACCAAGCACCAACCCUCAGACCCUAACACAGCGAGACCCUGCAUUACUACACUCAUGUCACUGAUCCAUCACCUCACUGCACCAGACACAAGAGCCAUACGGCACCACAGAGCAAGAGCUAGUCUCCAAGCAACACCAACUAUUGGUCACGUGACCUGCCAGCUGGUUUACCGUGAACUGACAGCCAGCCAGAUGCGCAUGCUUGCGUCCUCCAUGGGCAAGAAUGUGUCCAGCGUGGAGGCUGGAUCCAGAUAUGCCAUGUCUCGUCCUAACCUGACUUAUUCCUCCCUGGAGAUCAGACAGCUGGAGGGCCAGGACUCUGCGGUGUAUCUCUGUGCCUCUACUACUGGCACGCUGAUUCAGAGCAGCCACAUGGCGCGACAACAACCUAGAAACCACACCGUGGAGUGGGGGGGGGAGGGAGGAGGAGGGGGCAGGAAGGAUGGUGGUUAUCCUGCUUAUUUCGGAGGGGGGACUAAGCUAACAGUGCUCGAUCCCGAUAUAUCAGACAAAGCCAUCCAACCGAACGUCACUGUUCUGCCCCCCUCCAUACACGAGUGUAAGGAUGCAAAAGACAACAAAAACAAGAAGACCCUGGUGUGCGUGGCCACCGGCUUCUACCCGGAUCACGUCAGCGUGUCCUGGAAGCUCGGUGACCGUAUCGUGACCGAUGGAGUGGGGACGGACAACUCGGCCGUGUGGAACAACAAAACAAAGUACAGCAUCACCAGCCGCUUGAGAGUGCCUGCCGGAGAGUGGUACACAGACUCCAAUAAGUUCACCUGUACUGUCCUCUUCUUUGAUGGUACUGAAUACAUACCCUUUGAAUCUUCUGUUAUGGGAGAUAAAGCUCAGUCAACUGGAGGCAUGACAACAGAGAACUACGUGAAGAGCACUCAGACAGCUAAAUUGGCGUACAUCGUGUUCAUCGCUAAAAGCAGCCUGUAUGGGUUCUUCGUGGUCGUCUUCGUGUGGAAGCUCCAGGGUAAAUCUGGGAAGCAUUUCACCUGAGGCCAGAACAGGAAACCUGUGUUGACCGGGAUGGUGAUGGUCUGGAUGGUGUUGCGUUGCUGAUGUGGGAUUAAAAUAUGCAGAAUAUGCAUAUAAUAUGUCUCCCUAGAUGACCCAUCAUUUCAGAUCAACUAGUGUUCUGCAGUUUACAUAGACGCGUAGAUGUACUGUAAAUAGAAAUAAAACCUGCUUGUCAACCUAAAAUCUCACAGUUCAUAAAGAAGUGAUACAACAGUCGACAUGUACUGUAUAUAGAAAUAAUUGCAGAGUAAAGAGGGCUUUGUUAAUAGGGAUUUCUGAAAUAACCUCAAGCCUGUAUAGAAAUAACAUUGUGAAGACAAACGUUUGUUCUCCAACUUUUUGAAAUGAAUUAACCAUAAUAGUGUAUGUUUGUAUUCAACAUAGCAGCUGCAUCUGCUAGCAUAAUUAAUAUUCAGAUAUUUCAUCAUUAAUAAAGUUGUCAAAUACA